CCGCAAGGCGAGUACCUCCUCCCGGGAAGCCAUGGCGCUCCCUCCCGGAAGUUGUCUUGAAAGGCAUUUCCGCUUCCGGCUUGCCGUCUCCUAGCGACCGGAACAAACUAAACAAUUUUACGGAGCUUGGGAAAAAGUGAUAACUAGACAUGUACUGCCUGAAGAAGCGCUACGAUUCAACUUCAAAGAUUUAUAGUUCCUGGAUAUCUCCAAAGGAGCCAUGAAGAGAGCCUUAGGCGAACUAGAACCUAACCACAUGGACUGCCCCCCCUUCCCGACUUUGGUACGGUCCGACCCGUCCCCUUCCCGCGCCACGUUGACGUCAUUCCGCUUCCGGCGUCUCGCGCAGUUCCGCCAUGGCCUCCGAGGAAGCGAGCGGCGGCCCUCGUAGGUCUCGGCGGGAGCCGGAGGGGCGCGUCUCGCGCGGGGACAAGUAUUCGGUGCUUUUGCCCACUUACAACGAGCGCGAGAACCUGCCGCUCAUCGUGUGGCUGCUGGUGAAAAGCUUCUCCGAGAGUGGAAUCAACUAUGAAAUUAUAAUCAUAGAUGAUGGAAGCCCGGAUGGAACAAGGGAAGUUGCUGAGCAGUUGGAGAAGAUCUAUGGGUCCGACACGAUUCUUCUAAGACCACGGGAGAAAAAGUUAGGACUGGGAACUGCAUAUGUUCAUGGAAUGAAACAUGCCACAGGAAACUACAUAAUAAUUAUGGAUGCUGAUCUCUCACACCAUCCAAAAUUUAUUCCUGAAUUCAUUAGGAAGCAGAAGGAGGGUAAUUUUGACAUUGUCUCUGGAACUCGCUACAAAGGAAAGGGAGGUGUAUAUGGCUGGGAUUUGAAAAGAAAAAUAAUCAGCCGUGGGGCCAAUUUUAUAACUCAGAUUUUGCUCAGACCAGGAGCAUCUGAUUUAACAGGAAGUUUCAGGUUAUACCGAAAAGAAGUUCUACAGAAAUUAGUAGAAAAAUGUGUUUCUAAAGGCUAUGUCUUCCAAAUGGAGAUGAUCGUGCGGGCAAGACAGUUGAAUUACACUAUUGGCGAGGUUCCAAUAUCAUUCGUGGAUCGUGUUUAUGGUGAAUCCAAGUUGGGAGGAAAUGAAAUAGUAUCUUUCUUGAAAGGAUUAUUGACUCUCUUUGCUACUACAUAAAAGAGUUAUUCAUUAUACUUAUCAUGUUGAUUCAUUUAAACAUAAAGGAAGCCUGGUUGCUGAGUUUUAUAAAAUGUACUGUUAGAGCAUAAAUCAUAAGGUAAGGUAAAUUUCAUACAAACCUUUUUUCUGAGGAAACUACGUUUUAUAUGUCAAAUUAAAUUAGAAAAACAAGCAGUGUUCUCAGUUUUCAUUUGCAUUUUGCUGUAUUAAGACUUAUAAAUAAAUGUAUUUGGGUUUAUUUUUUCCCAGAAAAUAUUGUUUUCCUUAGAGUAUGUGAGUGCAGAAUUUCUUACAUGGAGAAGAUUUUAAAAUAUACAAAAACUGGAUUCAUAGCUCUUUGUGAUAGUGUCAGAAGUAAGAAAAAUGUUAAUUUUGUUCAUGAAAUAUAUAUGGCUGUUUCUGUAUGAAUGAACAAAUAGACACCUCUGCCCCUUUUAAACAAUGUAUCAAAUUUCUUAAACUAGGUAAAACUAUAUUCAGAUCACAAUUUUAGAAUUUGGCUCUUUGUAGCUGUUGAAUUGAUGAAGCAUUACAUCUGUCAAAGCAAAUCUAUUUAAAAUGCAUACUGUGAAUUGGAAACUUGACAUCAGUUGAUGGCUUAGCUUUUUUUUCCCUAUCCUGAGCAAUAGCUUCUAUCAGUAAGAAAAAAUACCGAUGACAUAUUAAGGUAUCGAUAUUUUAAUGACUUUUAGGACUUAGCUGCUAUAGUAAUUUUUAAACAUCUUACUAAGCUAUAAGUGUUCUGCCAGUUAAAUUGCAGAUUAAGUUAUACGCUAAAGCCAGCAUGAAUGUUCUGUGUACCUAUCUUCUCUAAACUGGGUGUUACAAAAACGAUAAAUUUCUAACUGUAGCAUAGCUUAUGGAGCACAUGGUAGGUAUCUUUAAUAUUUGCAGGAAGGCAGACUUUGAGUGAAUAAGCUCAGAAACAAGUCGACUUUCCAAAUAAGGGGACAUCUCUAAGUUUCUUAAUGAAUAUGUUUAUUGAACAGUAUUCCUAAUUACAUUUUCCUGGCUUAAUUUGGCUGCUAAAGAAAUUUGAAAUCUGAUUUUUCCAUUGCAUUUCUAACAGAUAUUACCAGAAAUUAAUACCAGAACAUAAAACCUUUGGUGUCAUUUUGAACAUUGCCUGUUCCCGUAGUUGAAACUAUAGGACACAUUCCAGUGGGGCCUCUGCUAUUGCUUGUUUCCCUGUGUAGGCAGCCUGCGUGCUACAGACCCACCUUCCUUGGGGAAGUGACCUCUCUUGUCAUUAAUAACAGCUAGAAAGUUCAUCACUGUUUGAAGUAAAAUUAGUUUUAAGCUAACGAAAUAGAAAUAUAAUACUCUUUUUUUGUUGCUGAAUAUUUAGAAUCUCUUCUGUUUUCAUCUAACCCCCAAGUUUUAUUGUCAACUAUGCUGAGCAGAGAUGGAGUAACUACUUCAGAGAACUCACUAGAGUCGAUUGCUAUCAUUUUGCCUUUUUAAUCUUUUUUGGUUCUUGUACCCCACAACCAUUACAACAUUGUCACUAUUGGAAUUUAUAGUAAAGAAAGUAUUUGAGCACUGAAGACUUUCAUCACUUAGAAAAUAUUUAGAAAAUCUGGACUAUUUAGAUCCAUUUUUUUAGUAAUUCUGAUGACUUAAGCACUGAAAUAGUCUCAAACAUUUACAUGUGAACCUAGCAUCUCAUUUUACUUUGUAAAUUAGGCCAAGGAUGAAAUCCAGACCUUUUCCUUUUGUAUUUGUAUUGUCACUAUGAAAUCUAAGUACAGCUAAGAAAAACUAAACUUGGCGAUAAAAUUA